CUCCUUUGUUUGAUUGCCUCCCUGCUCCCUGAUUAGUUUCACCUGUGUCUAGUUGUCCUUCCCUUACUGUGUAUUAAGUCAGUGUAUUUCCCCUGUUUCAUUGUCAGUUCGUCUUUGUUUAGUGUCCAGUGUUCCAGCCAUUCUUCCAGUUUUUGUUUCUUGUAUUAUUGGACUGUGUUUUCCUCUAGACCUCACAUGCCAUUUUUGGAUGUUGGACUUAUUGCUUGUUUCUUCGGACUUGGGAUUUUCUUCCUGCUCCUUUACGGAUUUGUUGCCUGUGUUUUGAACUGCCUUUUCCGGUUUUGAUCUUUUCCUGCCUGACCUUCCAUAUAAUUACAAGUCCAGUUUGUCAUCAUGAAAGCUGUCAGGAUUGGAUGAGUGUAGACUGCUGUGGAUAGUUUUGAAGGCACUUGAAAAAGAAAAUGAGUGAGCUAGCAGCAUUCUCCGAGCUUCAGCAGCAGCUGAAUCAUGCUGUAUAAGGAUAUGAAGUCAUCUCUGGACAGACUGGUCUGCAACAUCACAACUACAAUAGAUGUAUACCUGGAGCAGAGGACUCAGUUUACAUUCCAAAUCCUGUGACCUGGAAAUCAGGGUCCACCAUCAUUGAGGUUCCAGUCCAUAGAAAUAAUGUCUCUUUUGAAUGAUUCUAGCCCCGUUCGGGACUGUCUCAUCCACUGUGAAGGACAUUGUCCCAGAACGUUCCAUAUAUAUAUCCAGAAGUGAAGGGGGGAAAACGCUGCUAAUGGACGUGACGCACCUCACUUCUGGAGACCCUACUCUCUUCCCAUUGGCUUACAGACCUCGGGUUCCCAGACGUUCCCUUUCUUGCAUCCCAGUUGGGAGGAGCAGAGAUGUGUGGACAAGACAUGAUUGAGGGAACAUGCAGGCUACAGAUGUUCAGUCUCUCUCUCUCGGAGGAGGAGGAGGAGGAGGAGGAGGAAGUGCAGACCGUCUAUAGGAUCGCACACACUGCAGCCUCGCGCGGCAGAGAGUCUGAUACCAUGACAGAGGACGCAUCCAUCCUCUGCUGAGAACCAUGCGCUGCCGGCUGAGCCCUGCUGGAAUGAACCGACUGAAAGGGGCUUUCAAAGGACUCACCUGUGGAUUUGCGCCGUAGAUGCCCUAUAUGACUAAACUUCUGAUUUUACUUCUAUGUCUGGUCGUUACCUGUGAAUGCCGUAAGCACGGACACCGGGUGCGGAGAUGGACCGGUACCAUGGAGACCCAAAAGCAUAGCACCUCCUUGGCCAAGAAGCCUCCAGAUGUGACCAAGUCUCGCAAAAUGAAGACAGAGCAUCUGCUCAAAGUAGACGAUCAUGACUUCACCAUGAGGCCUGCAUUUGGAGGUCCUGCAAUCCCUGUUGGAGUGGACGUUCAGGUGGAGAGCUUGGACAGCAUCUCUGAGGUUGAUAUGGACUUCACCAUGACUCUGUACCUGAGGCACUACUGGAAGGAUGAGCGACUGUCGUUCACAAGCAGCACCAACAAGAGCAUGACGUUUGAUGGUCGCCUGGUGAAGAAGAUCUGGGUCCCUGAUGUCUUCUUUGUCCACUCUAAGAGGUCCUUCAUCCACGACACCACCACCGACAACAUCAUGCUGCGUGUCUUUCCUGAUGGACAUGUUCUCUACAGCUUGAGAGUGACAGUGACAGCAGCCUGUAACAUGGACUUCAGCCGCUUUCCUCUGGAUUCUCAGACCUGUUCACUGGAGCUGGAGAGCUAUGCCUACACAGAUGAAGACCUGAUGCUGUACUGGAAGAGCGGCGAUGAGUCCCUUAGCACUGAUGAUCGCAUCUCCUUAUCACAGUUCCUCAUCCAGAAGUUCCACACAACGUCUCGCUUAGCCUUCUACAGCAGCACAGGCUGGUACAAUCGUCUCUACAUCAACUUCACAUUGCGACGCCACAUCUUCUUCUUCCUGCUGCAGACAUACUUUCCCGCCACGCUUAUGGUGAUGCUUUCAUGGGUGUCGUUCUGGAUCGACCGCCGGGCUGUGCCAGCCAGAGUUUCCCUGGGCAUCACCACAGUGUUGACCAUGUCCACCAUCAUCACUGGAGUGAAUGCGUCCAUGCCCCGGGUGUCCUACAUCAAGGCGGUGGACAUUUACCUCUGGGUCAGCUUUGUUUUCGUCUUCUUGUCAGUGUUGGAGUACGCCGCCGUCAACUACUUGUCCACCGUCCAGGACCGCCGGGAGCGCAAGAUGAGAGAGCGGGCACGAUCUCAGUCACUGCCCUGCACCUGUGGGAUAUCCCAGACACGAACCAUGACCAUGUUGGAUGGUACCUACAGCGAGGCCGAUACCAACAGCCUGGCCGGCUACACUGAGGAGCCCAUGGUGCCAGAGGAGGAGCAUGAAGACCUGCACGAGGUUUCAGAGAAACCUGAACACAUGGUGGUCCAUCUGUCAGUGAGCAGCGAGUCCACCACCACCAAGAAGAAGAAGAGCCUGCGUGCCCUCAACAUCAUCCAGAACACACAUGCUAUUGACAAAUACUCCCGGAUGAUUUUCCCUGGUUCGUACAUCUUCUUCAACCUUAUCUACUGGUCCGUCUACUGCUGAAAGACACUGCUGAGUCAAGACUGAGGCCAGAGAGAUUAACACACAGACAGUAUGAAUGCUGCAUCAUCAAAUGGGACACUUCUGGACUAAUUCUAAGAGAGCUCUUCUUGUACUGUAUGUCUUGUGACGAUAGAUCAUUAGGUUUAAGGCCUUGGACAGUAACAAAGCCUGAAAAGAUAAGUUGUCUUGAAAAGACUUUGGGAUAGAUCGGCGCACUCCUGAUCUUUUUCCUCAUGCAGCAAUUUGAAUGUUCAUUAACGCUCUAAACUAAAACAAAAUAAUAAUUUAAAUUGUGUUUUUAAACUACUGAUGCUAAUUCUCUGUUGAACAGCUCUUUGUCCUCAUUACUGCUGUUCCUGAGAUGAACAGCAGGCCUAUUAUGUAUCAGUCACGACUUAUACUUACUUAUAAACAGUGAUGACAACUUAAUUUCUAAUAUUUCAAGAUAACCAUUUGACCAUGUUUUUAAGCCUGUUAUCUCAAAAAAUUAUAUUAUAACUUAAAGAACCAGUGUAACAUUUAGGAGGAGCUGUGGGCAGAAAUAGAAUAUAAUACUCAUAAGUAUGUUUUCAUUAGUGUAUAAUCACCUGAAAAU